AUGACAGAGGGCGGAAUAGUGGGCAAAAUCGGGUUGAAUGAAUAUGGCGUUGGCUGUUGUUUAAAUGCGAUAAUGGCUAAAGGUGUCGACAAGAACAAGAUUCCUAUUCAUUUGGCUCUACGGCUGGUUGUGUCGUCCAAAUCAGCUGAAGAGGCCAUUGAAACUCUUACAAAAACAGGAUGUGCUUCAGCAGGACAUAUUUUUGUCGCUGACUCGACUACUGCUCGUGGUCUAGAGUUCUCUGCUUUCGAUUAUAAAGCUCUGGAUUUGGAUGGCAAGAACCAUCUGUUCCAUACUAACCACUACCUGGCACCUCAUAAUGCCGAGGAAGGGCAAACUGAGUGGGUAUCUGAUUCUCCGUUCAGACUGUCUCGGAUCGAAGAGCUGUCGAAGUCGCUGAAACCGUCUAUAGAAGGUAUUCAGGAGGCUUUCAAAGACGAGAAGAACAGUCCUGGAUCCAUCUGUAGAAUCGGUAGCUCGGUUACUCUGUUCAAUAUCGUCAUGGAUCUGUCUGCCAAAACUGCUGCUGUGACUAUAGGAAGGCCAAUUGAUCCUGAUAGCAAGCUGACCUUCAGCUUUUAA